AUGGAGUGUGUGGAAAGUCUGGAGAUUCUUUCUGAGAACAGUGCCCGGUUUCGCUACCGCUGCCCUGUGAGUACAGUUCGAGAAAUGACACCGGAGAGAUCACACUAUAGUCCAAAAUUUGGUAUUGGGGGUCAUAUUUGGCGUUUACAUCUACAGCAGCGACGGGCUGUGCAGGGAGAUGAGAUGUUCCUUUCUCUACAUCUUCAAAGUUGUACGAAUGCAGCUGUAGUUGCACAGUUUAAACUAACUCUAAUGUGUUAUGAAGAUUUACAAUUAUCAAAGAGUCAUACAUUUCGUUGUUCGUUUAAUAAAUCCGGUAGUGCAUGGGGAAUGAAUUAUUUUAUUCCUUUACAACGUUUACUUCAACCAGAUGCUGAGUUUGCAUUUGUGGAAGAAAGUUCUGGAAUGCGUUGUAUUGAUAUUGAGAUUUUAUUAAAAAUAUUAGAAACUACAGUUACACAUGAGAAAAGUAUUUCACGUAGGGCCUCCGCCUCACCUCCUGCAGUGGUAAAUCGCCAUCAUAAUGAAUCUGUUCGUGGAUCUACUCGAAUGCAACCACCGCAAGAUCAAAUAAAUGGUAGUGCCUCACGUUCUAUUUCUACAGGUAGACGUCUUGUACUUGCACCUACUAAAAGUCCUAGUAAUCCAGGUAUACAACAAACUGUACGAGCUUCUCUUUUAUAUCCUUUUGAACAUCUUGAGGCUCUUGCAGAUAUGACCUUUGAUGUACAAGGUGUACGAAUUAAAGCGCAUAGAUGUGUGGUGGUGGCUCGUAUGCGUCCAUUAUUACCAGAGGCUAUGCUUCCACUUCAACCAGGAUGUAUUGUAGCGAUAGCCGUUUCUGUAGAUGUUUUUUCUACGUUUCUACGAUAUGUUUACACAGAAGAAUAUCCGGAACAAGGAAUAUUACCACCUGAGGCAUUAUUAGAUCUUUACUUACUUUCUAGUGCAUGUGAGUUUUAUGACUUAUGUGGUAUGUGUUUAAAAUAUGUGCGACCACUUCUUUCAUAUGAAAAUAUUCUUCCUAUUGUAUUGACACGAUACAACGCUGGUGAUGAGGUACUUAACGCUAUGUAUCUUCGUGCUCUUUUAGAUAAUUAUGAUUACCUUAUUCAAGAUCCAAAAUUUGAAGAAAUUCCUGGUCAUUUAUUCCGUCGCCUUUCUCUUAUUUUACGUGAUAAGGAACCUGUACCACAGGUGGAAAUUCCUGUUGCCAAGAAUACACUUGGUAAACAAAUUGCAUGGUUGGCAGAAUCAGGUGAAUACAGUGAUAUGGAUCUUAUCGUAGGCCCAAAACAAUUGGUAAUAAAAGCACACCGUUACAUAUUGGCUUCACGUUGUGUUCUUUUUUCACAAGCAAUGAAUCCACGGUCAACAGUGGCAUUACCGCCCUUUACUUCCCCUGAAUUUGAUUUUUCACAACGGUCAUGGCAAAAACUUUUAAUUGGUAUUUACCGUCAUCACCUUGACAUUUAUCGAGAUUUUUCCGCAGAAGAUGUGGCAAUUGUAUUUAAAAUGCACACUGUGUUUGGUAUGGAUGGACAACUUAGAAAAGAGGCUGAUGAUGCAUUUAAUUACCAGAAUGCUUUACGUCUGCUUAUAUAUGCAGUGAAACAUCACGUAUUAGAACUUCAUGAACGUGCCAUCAAUUACGUUGCGAGUAAUUUUAGUGUGCUUAUAUCUGAAGAUCCUCAGGCGUGGGAGAUCAUUGGUGAAUUGCCGCAGCAUGCGGUGGUGGCUCUCUUCCGUACAGUGGUUGAGAAUCAGACCCGAGUAUAG